AGAAGGAGAACUACACACACCCCCUCCAGCAACAGACAGCCACAAGCUCAGCGGCAGCCACCAAGCAGGACAAACCACCAAUCACAAGGUGCCUUUGAGAACUUCAGGAUGCAGAUGUCUCCGGCCCUUGCCUGCCUCACCCUGGGCCUGGCCCUCGUCUUUGGUGAAGGGUAUGCCUUGUACCUGCAGGAGUCUGAGGCAGCCCGCCUGGCCACAGACUUUGGAGUGAAGGUGUUCCAGCAGGUGGCACAGGCCUCCAAAGACCACAAUGUGGUUUUCUCACCCUAUGGGGUGACCUCGGUGCUGGCCAUGUUGCAGCUGACCACAGGAGGAGACACCCAACAGCAGAUCCAGGAGGCAAUGGGAUUCAAAAUCCAAGACAAAAGUGUAGCCCUUGCCUUCCGUCAACUGCACAAGGAGCUCAUGGGGCCAUGGAACAAAGAUGAGAUCACCACCACAGAUGCCAUCUUUGUCCAGCGGGACGUGAAGCUGGUGGAAGGCUUCAUGCCCCACUUCUUCCAGCUGUUCCGGACCACAGUCAAGCAGGUGGACUUCUCAGAGGUGGAGAGAGCCAGAUACAUCAUCAAUGACUGGGUGAAGAGACAUACAAAAGGUAUGAUCACAGACUUACUCAGCAAAGGGGCUGUGGACCAACUGACACGCCUGGUGUUGGUGAAUGCCCUCUACUUCAAUGGCCAGUGGAAGACGCCCUUUCCAAAAUCAGGCACCCACCACCGCCUCUUCCACAAGUUGGAUGGCAGCACUGUCUCUGUGCCUAUGAUGGCCCAGACCAACAAGUUCAACUACACUGAGUUCACCACCCCUGAUGGCCACUACUAUGACAUCCUGGAAUUGCCCUACCAUGGAGAAACCCUCAGCAUGUUUAUUGCUGCUCCUUAUGAAAAAAAAGUGCCUCUCUCUGCCCUCACCAACAUUCUGGAUGCUGAGCUCAUCAGCCAGUGGAAAGGCAACAUGACCAGACUGACCCGCCUCCUGGUUCUGCCCAAAUUCUCCCUGGAGACUGAAAUUGACCUCAGGAGGCCCCUGGAGAACUUGGGAAUGACCGACAUGUUUAGCCCACACCUGGCAGACUUCACAAGUCUCUCAGACCAAGAGCUUCUCUACGUAUCACAGGCACUGCAAAAAGUAAAGAUUGAGGUGAACGAGAGUGGCACAGUGGCGUCCUCCUCCACAGCCAUUCUAGUCUCAGCCCGCAUGGCCCCGGAGGAGAUCAUCAUGGAUCGGCCCUUCCUCGUUGUAGUUCGACACAACCCCACAGGGACAGUCCUUUUCAUGGGCCAAGUGAUGGAACCCUGAGCAUGAGAAAAGAAGCCCUUACCUGGGACAAAACUGGAGAUGUAUCUAAAGAGAAGAAACUGAAGAAUUUUUGUUUUAAUGCCUUGUUCCACAGAAAAACAAGACAUUUGCCCUCCUCUC